AAUGUUGAAAGUUAUAGUGAAUGAAAUGAAAAUUUAUCAACUACGGAUUGUUGAAGGUAACCUGUGUGUUGAAAAUAUUCAGUUUAGAUUUCUGUUUUCUAUAAUAUCUGCACAGGGCUGUUGAGAAAAAUAUAGUUUGGUUGUGUGUGUUUAUAUAUUGUCCUAAUAUUUUAACAUGUUUGUGCAUACAAACUGGAAGAUGGAAGACAAAAGGAAAUGUGUAAGCAUUAACAUAGCACUUGUCUCUAAAUUUUUGGAAAUAAAUGAAAUACUGUAGCAAGCGGCAAAUUUAGGGUAAUCGUGCCACAGUCGGCAGGUGGUAAACAAAACGGUGGCAUACAUACGGGUAGGCAGUACACAUAGGGCAUACGAAAUGAAAUUGCAUAGUUUUAUAAAAAGAUAUUUUAUAAAAAUAACAAGAAAAAUGCAGCAUUAUAUUCGUUAUAUGGAGGCAUGUUAAAAUGAUUUUAAAACACCAAAUAUGUUUUCAGUUCAAUGUAUCUAAACACCACUUUAAAGAUAAAUGAUUGAUUUAAACCUGUUUACUUCAGCAUUAUAGUGUCACAUUGUAAACACUUACAAGAAUAUAACAUAACAUUAAUUGAUUUUAAACAAAGAAAUAUUGUUGGAUAUUUAAGUCAUAAAAGAAUUUCAAAAAUCAACACAAGGAAUACAAAUCACUGUAAAACAAGAUCAGACGAAUUUAUUAUUAUAUAUUAUUGAAACGUUAUCGCAAUUCUCUACAAUAAGUCUCGUAAUGAAUAAAAUAUCUUUGUAUUUCAACUACCAACUUCAAAUAAUCACAAGACUGUCAUUGACCAUUGAAUUGAGAUAAUCAAAUCAAACGCAUGAACACAUCUGGAAAGGUAAUGUUUCAAGAUUAAACGUGGCAUAUUACUAAGCUUUUAAAAUGAUCACACAUGGAAAACGUCCAAUAAUAUGGUAAAUACGAAUAGCCAAUGAUUACACUUACACAAUCAGUCGCAUGGUAAACAUAUACACAUAUGGCAGGCAUUGUUAACAGACCUCAGGGUAGCAGUUCGGGUAGCUCUGAUGAGGACCAGCCUGAUUCAACUGUGUCUGGAGCCACACCAACAGGAGAAAAGAAAGAAGAACAUUGGAACAAAGACUGUAAAUAUGAGUCUAGAUAUGGCAAAGUAAAACGGAAAGAGGGUAAUAAAGUAAUAGAGAUGUAUGUGUACAUGCUUCUUAGAGUCUGCAAAUGUGGAGAAUUAACGGAUAGAUCAGAGUUGUUAAAAGGAGAUCAGGAAUUUGAUGAAAUAGAUGGAAAAGAAAUUCACUUCUCUCCUAAUUGUAAAUGGGAGAAAACGGAAAUCAAUCGUAAAGGGCAAAUUGUGUAUGUUCUUAGAGCUUGUUGCUUUGACUGUAAAAAGACGCAGACAAAUGUUACAAGCAGUGCUAUGAAUAAACCCCAAGAGCAACACUAAGGUUUGAACAUCUUUAACGAGAACGAAUAAACGCCAGAAAAGACAAGACACUCGAAAAUUGUUCUUUUGGACAUGAAGUGUGUGUUAUUGCACAUUCUAAGUUAAUAAACUUAAACUACACAUAUAGCAAUGUAAAAAAGAUUCUUUAUUAUAAUUUAUUGUUCUCAUUUAUUUUUCUCAUUUACAAGUAUUAAACUAUAUUAACCUAAGUUUUGUUCACGUCCUUUUUGCACAUUAUUUGAGAGUACAUUGUGUUUUAUUUUCAUUGCUUCGUUUUCUGUUAGUGAGACCUUCUUGGCCAAGUGAUAAAGGUUGGUUACACUUUUGGUUUCUACUAACAUUAAAGCUAAAAAGUCGUCAAUGAUAUAUAUUCAUGUCGGUGUGACUUAAUACCUAACAAGUUAACGUACUUAUGUUUAUUUGAAUAGGUUGUAAACUAUAAAACAUUCUACUAUUUAGGAAACCGGGAAUAUAAAUCAUACCAGGGAAAAAUUAAUGACCAUACCGUGACAUAUUCUUCCCAAUGCCAUGUAAAUUCAAAUUAUUUUCCUGAAAGCAUGGUGUAAUUUAAUAGUUUAUUUUACUACAUUUCUUCUAACCGGUACUAAAAUGUUGCGUAGUACAUUUCAUAUCUUUCUCAUGAACAGAUUCAAUCAAAUAGAAUACACAAAAUCAGAAUAAAUAUCAAAACGCUUGGUUGAAGUCUACAUUAUUUGAGAAAGGAAGUUAUUUUCUAUAUGCGACCUCUGCGAUACCUGUUGAAACCCAAAGCCCAAUGUUAGUAUUUUACCUGUGUUUUGCUUAGUCGUAUAACUACAUAGUAAACAGUGAUACAAAACCAAAUAUGUAAUAGAACAUUUUAUUCAAUCAUGUUUUUGCCAUUAAGAAGAACUUUAUUGCGGAUUUUAUAUAUUAGGGUUCAAAAACAAAAUAGAAAAAUAAAGUGUUUUAUCACAAAUGCUGCAUUUCGUUUUGUAUCAUUGUUUUGUCCAAACAUAAAAUAAUUAUAUUAAUAGAAUUGUCUGCAAUGUGCACUCGGUAUUUUAGUUGAAUGACCGGGUGGACGGAUAGCUCAGUGGUUAGCACACUGGCCUUCCAAUCCUGAGGUCGGGGGUUCGAUCCCCGGCAGCUACUCGGGAAUUUUCAGAAACGCUUUUCAGUGGUUCCCACCCAACUAGAGGUGUACUGGUCAGGAACCCAGGCAAUCCUUGCGUGUAUCAGCGCUAUACACAGGGCACGUUAAAGAACCAGGCUGUCUAUUCGCAACGAGCUAGGCUAGGUUAGCCGGACAAGCCUGUAUCUGAUUUCUGAUCUCUCUGUCGUGGGGGCUUUGUCUCACUCUGUCCCUAUGGUCAGAUCACUCUGUGUCUGUACUAGUAGAGGAUGAAUUUAUGCGCCCUGUGUGGCUGCAUUUGAACUAUGUAAAGCGCUUUUGAACGUGAAAUUGAUCAUGAAAAGGGCGCUAUAUAAAUCUGGUAUAAUAAUAAUAUAACAAAAAUGUAUAAUUGUAAUAAACUUGUUAUAAUAAAAACUGAUAAAAUACAAUUGUAAAUAUUUUGAUUGAAAUAUUCAUACAUAUAUUUGUACAUGGUUCAAUAAUUCUAGUCGACUGAUGAGGUCACGCCAUAAAUAGAAUUCGGGAAUUAUUCAACUGAUUCAAACAAUCGUGGGUAGGUUAAAAUUAAGACACGUCGCGUCUGGCAUUUUUAGAUAUGACUAUUUCUGCUCUAUAUAAGAAGACUAUAGGCUAAAACGUUUCUUAGUUCUAAAAAACUACUGUACGUUGAACAUACAUAACAAACUUUUUCAUACCUGUUUUCAAAUAAACGGUUCUUCUUUAAUAUAGUUCAAAUGUCGGAUGUUAACAACGUGUCAGUUAAGCGUGUGCUUAGACUUGCACAAAAUAACCAAUAUGAAGAUCAUAAACAUACAGAUGGACGUCGUUGUCGGUAUUUAGUAAGGCGCGGAAUACGACUAGACAGAUAUGGGAUGACAGUAUGCGUUCUGAUUCGCGCAUGCAAUUGUGGUAGACAAGACGACAGAACGGAUUUAGAGGAAGAGGGGUCUCUUAAACGCAUAACCCUUGACGACUUUGAGGAUGGUAUAGAGCUUCAUGUUACCAACGGGUGUCGUUUCUAUUAUAAAUCCAAUGAUGGGCAAAAUUACAGUUUGACGAAAAAAUGUUACUGUCCCAAGAAAAGACCACAGGGAAGAAGAUUUGAUGCCUAAAUGUUACAAUUUUUAAUCAAUUAGAUGAUGGGACUCUUUUAGUCAAUAGUGGGUGUUCUAAUUCAAAAUGCCAUUUAGUUUGUGUUAAAUGCAUCUGCUAAUUAUACUGCUUGGAAUGUAUAUCUUUACAUUGUCUUUUUUUCUACUACCUAAUACAUAUUUUCUUUCAAUUUAAUAGUGCUGUGUAAAAAAAAGAACUGGUUAUUAAAGUUUUGCAAAUA